AUGAACCCUCAUCAGAAGAACAAGAUCGAUAUCACCUCCCUCUCUCCCGAGGAGCAGCGGCUCUUCCGACUGUACGGCAAGCUCCCCUCCAAGUCGGACCACUUCGCCAAGCACCUCAAGGAGCGCAAGUACUUUGACAGUGGCGACUACGCCCUCUCCAAGGCCGGCAAGGCCGACUCGGUCGACGCCGGCUCCGUGGGCUCCCAGCACCCCGUUCCCGAGAACAUCCCCCACCUCUCGUCGCCCGUCAACGGCUCCGGCUCCAGCGGCCUGAUCCCGAACCUGCAGGCCACCGGCAGCCGCGAGCAGCAGCAGGCCUCGAGGAGUCCCGUCAAGGAGGGCAGCUUCCUGCACCGCGAGACAAGCGCCGACGACGACGACAACAGCAACGACGUCGCAGACAACAAGGCUGCUACCGAAGCCGUCGGUGACGUGACCGCUGCGGCCCAGACUGGCGUAAAGACCGAGGAGAUCCCUAUCCGGAGGUAG